GUACACAAACAAUGAUGACGUAGUUCACUUUCCGGCUACAUGUAGCUGUCACAUCAACGCCAAAUUUGGGCACACUAUUGAUUCUGUAGCGAUUAUUACGUAAAAAGAAGAUGGGUAGAAAAAACAGGAACAAGAAAACAACUCAAGGCAAUGGCGCCUCGGGGUCCACAGAGGAGAGUAAAACACUUUCCAAGGCAGCUAAGAAGGAUGUCAUGGCAUUGAUAAAAACUCUUCUUGAAAAAUGUUCACAGCAGCCAAGUGCUGGAGGCAAGGAGUUUGAUGAUUACAUGGAGAUCAGAGACACAGUAGAAAAAAUCAGAGCCAUUCAGAAAGAUGUCAGCCUAAAGCCAGAGAAGAAGGAUGAAAGAUUUACCAAGUUUAUCGAGUGGCUUCAGUCGAAGAAAGUGGACACCAGUUGUGUGGAAAUUGGGAAGUUUGAAGGCCUAGGAUUUGGUCUCAAGGCCACAAAAGAUCUUAAGGAGGGGGAAAAGUUUCUAACUUUACCACGUGAUCUGAUGAUGACACCAAAAUCUGCUCAGGAUUCCUGUCUUGGACCAUUUAUUGAGGAAGACAAGAUACUUCAAGUGAUGCCAAGUGUUGUCCUGGCCUUACAUUUGUUGUGUGAGAGACGGACAGAUGGAUCACCAUGGAAACCAUACCUUGAUAUUCUCCCAGACACAUACUCUACCCCUCUUUACUUUACUCCGGAAGAAAUUAAGACACUGAAAGCAUCUCCUGCCCAGAGUGACUGUAUGAGUCAGUAUCGGAACAUAGCUCGGCAGUAUGCCUAUUUCUACAAGUUGUUCCAGAGUGAAUCUGUACAACAGUCUCUACCACUCAAGAAUGUGUUCACUUACGAUGACUACAGAUGGGCAGUAUCAACAGUGAUGACCAGGCAGAACCAAAUACCAACCAGUGAUGGUAGCAAGAUGACCUUUGCCCUUAUACCUCUAUGGGACAUGUGUAAUCACUGUAAUGGACUGAUUACCACAGACUUCAACCUGGAACAGAACUGUAGUGAAUGUUACUCCUUAAGAAAAUACAUGAAAGGAGACCAGAUAUUUAUAUUUUAUGGUGCGAGGUCUAAUGCUGAGUUGUUGGUCAACAAUGGAUUUGUGUAUCUAGAGAAUGAACAUGAUAGAAUGGCAGUUAAACUAGGUAUCAGUAAGACAGAUCCACUGUUCGAGAAGAAGUCUGAACUGUUGACCCGAUGUGGCCUGCUGGCAUCCCGCACUUUCUACCUUCACACAGGAGAGCUGCCGGUAGAUAGCGACCUCCUCGUCUUUUUACGCAUCUUCCAGAUGGAUGAUGAAACCCUUGAGAAGUAUGCAGGUUCAAAUGCUGCAGAAUUGAGAGAUGUACUUGGUGACCUUGACAUGGUUGUUUCCAAAGAAACAGAGACAAAAGUUUGGAGUUACCUAGAAACCAGGACUACACUGCUGCUUCGUGGCUAUGAUACAUCAACUGAGGAAGAUGAAGAAUUAUUAAAGAAAACCAAACUUUCUCCAGUGGAAAGACUCUGUGUACAGUUGAGGUGUUGUGAGAAAAAGAUUCUACAAUCAGCUUCAGAAUUUGCAUCCCAUAGGAAACAGAAGCUACAGGCAGAUUCAACGACAUAGUUCCACAUAAUGUGUUCAACACUCUUUUACUAACAGAAUUAGAAUCAUUUAUUACCAUGUGUGUUUUGUGAUGGAAAAGGGGCUGGGUAUUGUGAUAGCUUUGGUGUUGUUGGCAUCAGCAUCUGCGAUGUCAUUGUCAUAGUGCGAAGACUUUAACCAGGGUCAGAACUAUAAAAAUAUUACUGAUAUUCAAAUUCCCAGGGACAAUAUGCACAUGUGUAGCAAGGCACCUAACUUUUAUUGAAGUAUUUUUUGAGUUGUGGGCCCUGUUCUUCUGAAAAAAAUUGAACAUGGACGAGCAUUGGUGUUAACUGUGCGGCACUUCAGUUUCCAACACAUUUAUUUUAUACUAUGCUAUUUAUUUCUUCAUUCUUCUUAUGCAACUGAGUUAUUUCUAUGCAUCUCAAUCAUGUUUAUUUCCAUAGUUCAAAAAAGUUGCCUUAGUGGAAAAAUAAGAAUGUAUAUUUUUAUAAACUUUGAUAAAACAUUUCAUUGAUAGAUUUCAUACCUUAUUAUGUUCUUCCUGCAUAUCAAAUGAUACUUCUAGAUUAGUCUUUACAGACGACUUACUCAAUUUAUGGUAAGACCUGUUACAGUUCAUUGUGAAUCUUGUCAAAUUAUAUUUCAUUAUAAAUACAAGUAUCUGACAUAAAAUUCCUCAACAUUUCAAUAUGAACAUAUUUUGGAGAUCUUUUUACAUGUGUUUACGAUAUAAAUGUUUAGUAUUUUGCUUUUUCCUCAGCAGUUUAACUAAGUAUUGCGCUAUGUUUACAUUCUCUCCACUUUUCUAUCUUUUUAUACGCCCAUCUUACGAUGGCCGUAUUAUGGGAACACCCAUGGCGGGCGGGCGGCGGGCGGGCGGGCGGCUCCACAAUGUUGUCCGCUCUCUAACUUGAACAUUUCUCAUCCAAUUUCCACCAAACUUCAUGAAAGUGUUUGUUGGUGAAAUAUCUAGGUCAAGUUCGAUAACCAGCCAAAUCGCUUUAGACACUCCAGAGUUAUGGCCCCCUGAAUUUGUCAAAAUUGGCCAUUUUAGCUUUGUCCGCUCUCUAACUUGAUCAUUUCUCAUCCAAUUUCCACCAAACGUCAUGAAAGUGUUUGUUGGUGAAAUAUCUCGGUCAAGUUCAAUAACCAGCCAAAUCGCUUUAGGCACUCCAGAGUUAUGGCCCCCUGAAUUUGUCAAAACUGUCCAUUUUAGCUUUGUCCGCUCUCUAACUUGAACAUUUCUCAUCCAAUUUCCACCAAACUUCAUGAAAGUGUUUGUUGGUGAAAUAUAUAGGUCAAGUUCGAUAACCAGCCUAAUCGCUUUAGGCACUUCAGAGUUAUGGCCCCCAGAAUUUAUCAAAAUUGGCCAUUUUAGCUUUGUCUACUCUCAAACUUGAACAGUUUUUAUCCGAAUUUCACCAAACUUGCUACUAUAAAUGUUUGUUGGUAUAUAUUCUUGGCAAAGUUCUAUAACCAGCCAGGCUCUUCAGGAUUAUGGCCCUUGAAUUGGUCAAAAUUUGCCAUUUAUGACAUUUCAUGUUGUAUGACCCCAUAGUUCCCUGAAAUACAGAAGUACUUGGUAAGUACAAUUUUGCAUGAAACCCUCAGUAAAUAUCAAGGGCUUGGUCCCCAAAGGUUCUAAGUGCCUAUGAAAAUUAUAGACAUUUUAGCACCUUUUGACUCGAAACCCUCGAAUUAAAAUAAAUUUUUUCUACUGGUAUUGCCAUAUUGUGCCAAAUCAUUUGCUUCUUGAAAAGCUUGUUUCUCGAAGGGCCAAUGUUACAGUAAGUUGUCUUAGAAUCCAAGAAAUUAUUGAUGGGCGUAUUUUGUGAGUGUCACUCUUGUUACAUUUUCAUGUGGAACAGAUGAAACUUUUGUCCAUUUAUUUAUGUGAAAUCUUUUUUUUAUACUUUGUAAUGAGAUGUUGAAAAAAGAAAUACAAUAUUGGGUAUUAUUUUGCACUAUUAAUGGUAUUUUGAGGGCUCAACACAUCUAUAGUUUUAACCGUACAUUUAUUAUUUUUGGAAGUAAGACGGUGUUGAAUUUUGUGCAUGAUUAUGGCAAUGCUGCUUUCUGUUUAAUGCUUAUUGUUUUGAGAAUAAUGCUAAUAAAAAAGUAUUUGUCCUUA